AUGUCGGAGUCGUUGAAUUAUUACGAGCGUCUCGACUCACUCAAAUCACUUAAGACGCCCACAUUAGAGCAGUUAUUUGUUUAUUUAGGAGACCAAGAUCCCUCAGUGAUAGUGACUGCAUUAAAAAUGAUAGAGCCGAAGCCGACUCCUUUUUUGAAGGAUCCGCUCUUUGAGUUAUCAACACAUGUGAAUCCGUCGAUCCGUUGUUGUGUUCUCUCGAUAGCACCGUACACUUUACAACAACAAAGUUCGAUCGAAUUGAUACAGAAAGCGUUAAAAGAUGACAAUUCCGAUGUUCGUUUGACGGCAUUGACUUCCGUUCAAGUCUUACUUGACCAAGUCACCAUGGAACAAUUUUUCUCGUUAGCCACCGCUGUCAUCGACAUGAUGAAUGACCCCGAGUGGCGUGUUCGUUCUUCUGUUCAAUUAAUGCUUCCACAGAUAGUGUCAUACUUUGGUCUUGAAUUAUCGGAGCGAGUGGUUUUAGUGUUAAAAUGUGGGAUGAAAGAUGCUUCGUUAGAAGUGCGAAAACAGACAGUCCAGUCGAUGGCGGAUAUCGUCGAGAUGUUUGGAGUCGAGUGGGGGAAGUCAUAUAUCACUCCUUUGAUUAUUCUCUUCUACACACAUCCAAAUUAUAAGAUAAGACAAUCAACUCUAGCAGCUAUGGUAGAGGUCGGAUAUGUCAUGGGAAAGGACGCAUUCACUACGAGUUUCUUACCAAUGAUACUCAAUUUGGCGUUUGAUGUUGUACCUAAUGUCAGGCUGACAGUUUUACAACAACUCAGAGUCUUAAUCUCGAAGAAAUUUUUGGACAUCGCAAUUGUCAACUCAAGAGUAGCUCCUUGCGUUGAAACGUUAGCUAAAGACACGGACGAGGACGUCGUCGCAAUGGCUAAUAACCUCAAACCUUUGCUCAAUACAGAAUAA